CCAUCUGCAAGGCACAAUAACAUAUUUUCCUUAAAUCAUUCAUGUUUAUAACAAUGAUGAAUUUGUUUAUUGUAUGAGUUGACUAACCCUGCAUACAGGACAAGGGUUUCUUGCCACAUAAACAGUGUCUGCAACAACAACCUGAAUUGGUUUUCCAUCAGCUGUGUACAAGGUUUUCUGGUCACCCAUGGUGCUGGCAAUUUAUUAUGAUUAACACAAACAAUUUUUAUCACUACACUAUGGUGUCAGCAGCAAUAAUGUUGAGUGCCACAAUUGUUUGCCUCCCAGUAGCAGCUGUCAACCCAUUUCAAGCUAGGGCAAGGAAUCACAGCUUUGCAUGUGGGUUAAAGAGGAAUGGAGACUAUCAUUCAAGGAUCAUUGGUGGAGGAGUUGCUAAAGAAGAUGAGUUUCCAUGGCAAGUUUACCUCAAAGGCUCAUCUAGGAGUUUUCUGGGGAAGAGAAGUUAUUGGACUUGUGGGGGUUCUUUGAUCUCUGAUAAAUAUGUCCUCACAGCUGCACAUUGUUUGAGAAGUUCCUCUUCCAGAGUUAAAAUGGAGGUGUACAUUGGGGCUCACAACUUGGACUUGCCUUCAAGCAAAGACAGCAGAAUAGUUGUGGAAGCUGUUGACUGGAGCAGACACCCUGAUUACAGUUUCCCCAUCAGACUUAGGAAUGACAUAGGAAUAAUUAAAAUACCCUCUUUGAAAGAUCAUUAUUGUGGGGUGAAAAAGGGAUUGAGAAUAGUUGGGGGAUUGCAAGCUAUAGAGGAUGAGUUUCCUUGGAUGGUUUACAUGAUGGUGAAGAUCAAGAAGGACACAUUUUCUUGUGGGGGAUCUCUGAUUUCAGAUGAGUGGGUACUCACAGCUGCUCAUUGCAUCCAACCACAAGGAUCAUCAAUGUGA